AUGUUAUCGGUUAAUAGAAUAUUAACUAUAUUAAUAUUAACAUUAUCAACAACAUCUGCAUUCCUUUUUUGGAAUUGGAGUUGGCCCAAAAAACUCAUUACAACUAGGACAGAUUGUGGACGUACUCCUGUUAGGCCUCAAUCGAGUCGUAUCGUUGGUGGACAGCCAGCAGUGCCAUAUUCAUGGCCAUGGCAAGCUGAAAUUUGUAUGAAAAUUCCACCUGAAUUGCAACAGCCUGAGCUGAAGACAACGUGCAAGUUGAGGUGUGGUGGAUCUCUCAUUGAUAAGCAAUGGGUAUUGUCAGCUGCUCAUUGCACAGUUGGUGUAUCAGAUGCACCCGAAAAAAUGGCUAUAAAACUGGGCUUAUUCGAUUUUAGAAACGAUGAUGAAGAAGGAGAGCAGUACCUUGAUGUUGAACAAAUUAUACCUCAUCCAAACUUCUCCGAUCCGUACACCUACUCAUAUGACGUCUCUCUAUGGAAGUUGGCGAAGCCCGUAGAGUUCACAAAUCAUAUUCAACCAGUUUGUAUCCCGAAAAAACAAGAUAAGAUGGUAAAAGUUGGAAGAACAGCAUAUGCCACAGGAUGGGGUGUUACAUCGGAUGGUGGAUCUGCUUCACGCCAUCUUCGGCAAGUAUCAGUUCCGUUCAUAACUCGCAAGGUGUGUGAGCGUGAGUAUGAUGGCCAAUUGGAUGAUACCAUGCAAUGUGCUGGAAAAGGAAGACAUGAUGCUUGUCAGGGAGAUUCGGGAGGGCCAUUAGUAAUGAAAAAGAAUAGAAAAGAAGAAAAUUGGUAUCAAGUUGGUCUCAUAUCAUGGGGAGAAGGCUGUGCUGAUCGCAAACACUCAGGAGUUUACUCGCGAACAUCAGCUCAUUGUGAAUUUUAUAAAAAACAUAUUGGACGUGACAUCUGUGUAGACGUUUAA